CUGAGAGGCCCAGCUGGAUGAAGUGAACAAUUUUUGCUUUGCACCUCACCGGACAGCAACGAUAAUGGAGUAAAGCAAGAUGCGCCGUGCCCGUCUCCAGAAGAGGCUGGGACCCCAGCGGCCAGAGUGUCUAGCGGCCAACAUCACCCUACGACCGAGCCAUCUCCUCUCCAUGGAUUCCGAAAGAGGAAGGAAUGCAAGUCAAGUCAAGUGUUUAGGUCCUUUUCAUCCUGCUUCGCUGCAUAGGUCCUUUUCAUCCUCCAGGGGGUGUCAAACAUGCCGACUGAUCAGAUUCUUGGUCAUCACAAGAUUUGGGCAAGGGACUUGAAGGAGCUAGUCUAUGAUAUUGAAAACAGUGUCGAUGCUUUCAUGGUGCGUGUCGAUGCUUCUGUGCGCGCCAAGCCACAUAGCUUCAGAAGGUUUUUUUGACAAGACCAUCAGCCUGUUGACAAAGGUCAAAAAUCGCCAUCGUAUCGCGGAUGACAUUCAAGACAUCAAGAGCCGCAUUAAAGAGGUUACUAGUAGGCGAGAAAGAUUUAAGUUUGAAGAUGCUGCAGUGCAAACUGAGAAUACAGCAAUGGACCUUCGGUUGCCAGCUCUCUAUGAAGAUGUAAAGAAUCUCGUUGGCGUCGAUGGCCCUGCAGAGAAGCUCGCUGCUUUGUUAAUCUUGGAAGGAUGUGGAAAAACAACAGCUAAUGGUUGUCUCUAUUGUUGGCAUCGGAGGACUCGGAAAAACAACUCUUGCCAACUCAGUGUACCAGAGACUCAAAGGAGGAUUUCAGUGUCAUGCUUUCGUUUCGGUCUCGCUUAAGCCAGACAUAAAGAAGAUAUUUAGUAGCAUUCUACGGCAGGUUAGCAACAAGGAGUACCAAAAUGCCGAGGCAUGGAAUCAUACUGAACUUAUAGAUGAAAUCAGAAGUAUCCUGGAAAGAAAGAGGUACUUCAUUGUAAUUGAUGAUUUAUGGGAAGAAAAUGCAUGGAAAAACAUCAAAUGUGCUCUGGUUGACAAUAAUUUUGGUAGUAGAAUUAUUGUGACAACACGUAAUAUUAAUGUGGCUAAUUUCACUUCUAAGGAUGAAGUGUAUGAACUAGAUACUCUCUCUGAAGAGGACUCCGGAAGACUACUAUGUAAAAGGGUGUUUAACGAAGAAGAUGGAAUUUAUUCUGAACUAGAAGAGGUAACAAAGAAAAUUUUGAAGAAGUGUGGUGGAAUACCAUUAGCUAUCAUUACUAUAGCCAGCAUGUUGGCUAGUAUACCUAACACAACAAAGUAUGAAUGGUAUCGUGUGUGCAAUUCUAUGGGUUCAGGAUUUGAAAAAUACAAGACUUUGGAUAACAUGAGAAAUAUAUUGCAUCUAAGUUAUAGUGAUCUGCCUUCAUAUCUAAAGCCAUGUUUAUUGUAUGUAAGCAUGUUUCCAGAGGAUUAUGAGAUUCCAAGAAGGCACCUGGUACGGCUUUGGGUAGCAGAGGGUUUUGUUGCUGAAAAUCAGGGGAGCAAUUCCUAUGAUAUUGGAGAGAGCUAUUUUAAUGAGCUUGUCAACAGAAGCAUGAUUAUGCCGGUAGACAUGGAUGAAUAUGGUGUUGCAAGAGCUUGUCGAGUACACGAUAUGAUACUUGAUCUUAUCAUUUCCCUUUUAGCACAAGAAAAUUUUUGCAACAUACUCGACGGUCUUCACCUCAAAUCUACAUUGUGCAAGAUUCGACGAAUAUCUCUGCAAAGUGAACAAAUGAUACUGCCAAAAAAGAUAAUAUGUCUCGUGUCAGUCACUGAUAGUCUCUUUUUAUUUCUUUUCAUGAUCAUGUUGUUAUUAUUCAUUUAUGAUGUCACUUGAUUGUAGCACUUGAUUUUGUUUUUAAAAUCGAGUGUGACAAGCAGGCUAGGACAGCUGGAGUGGGGAGCUGCACCUUUGUGGGGAGCACAUGUGGCGAGCCGCACCUUUGUACCUCACGGACCCGGCCUUGCUAGGUUAACAGCACGGCCUCUUCUCCAAAUUAAAGGUUGCUAGUUGCACUUGUUGAAUCCGCGGUUUCUGAUCAAAGGAGGUGGACACUUUAUCAUACUUAACCUUGGGCCUUGUUUACUU